AACUUUAGAGUACUUCAUGAGGCGACUGCUACAAGGAAAUGACCCAGUCGCUAUAGAAGAAAAAGUAAAGGAUAUCCUUUAUCAACAAAUGCGAAUUGAAUUCGACGGCGUCGAAUUAGAAUUGGAGUCAUGUUGAUACCUAAGAAGAACCGUAACGCAGUUUACUCGUUUAUCUUGUCAAGUGGAGUAAUAGUGGUAAAAAAGGACACACACGCUAAAAAGCACCUGCAGCUUGACGUUCCCAACCUUGAAGUUAUGAAGAUUUGUCAGAGUCUUACCUCCCGUGGGUACUUGAAGGAACAGUUCAGUUGGGGUUAUUUCUACUACAUUCUUACUGAUAAUGGAAUUGAUUACUUGCGCCGUUAUUUGAAUCUUCCAGUGGAAAUCGUUCCGGAAACUCUAAAGAAACCAACAAGACCGCCAGGUGUUCGCCCUUCGUCGUUUCCACAAGAGGGUCAGGAAAAGAGACUGGCACCGGGUAGAGGUGACUUCCGACCCGAGUUUCGAGGAGGUUUUGGCAGAGGAAAAGGAGAAUAUCGUAUAGGUGAAAGUGGUCAGUAAGGAACUAUCAGAGGCAACUAUAAAGCUGUUCAAUUUUCGACCUGCUUUUGUUAUUUUUCU